AUGGUUAGGACACGAGGAAAUUUAUCUAGACGUGGUUCACAUGAUGCACCCGAGAGUUUCACACAGGGUGCUGCAUGGAAGAGACCGACAACUUCAGCUCGUAGAAGGGGUCAGCAUGAGGCUAAUGUUGUUCAGGAUGAUGUUGUUGAGAAUGAGGUUUCUUAUGUUCCUCAGGACGAGGAGCAGGGGAUUGAUAACGAUGGUACAGGAUUUUCAGGUGGCCCGUCUGAUACAUCUUUAUUGACUCGGUAUCAGGAUCAUGUUGCACGCAUGAUAUGGGAUGGUCAGAUCAUCUCCCAUAUUAAAAAAGUGAAGAAAUUAGGACGUCCUCACCCUUCUGUUCUACCCUUUGUGGUAGCUUCUGGAUUAUCGCCUCUGUGCGAUAUUUUAUAUGAAUAUAUCGAUCUUGGGUUAGUAUUGGGUUUCGUGGAGAGAUGGCAUCCCGAGAUGAAUACUUUUCAUCUACCCAUUGGGGAGAUGACCAUCACUUUAUAUGACAUCUGGUCACUCCUCCAUCUUCCCAUCACUGGAAAUUUUUGCUCCACUGAAAAUCUUGAAUAUGAAGAUUCAAUUGAGAUUUUGAUGACACUUCUUGGUGUUGAUCGGGCCAUGGCUUGUGAGGAGCUGAAUCAAAGUCGGGGUGCACAAGUCAGACUUAGCUGGUUGAGAAAGUUGUAUGAUAGCUGUUGUGAAAACGAGCUAUGGGAGUUUGCUGCACGUGCAUAUCUUUUGCACCUUGUAGGGUGCACGAUAUUUGCUAAUAAAAGCGCCACCUAUGUUCGUACACAUUAUCUCGAGCUAUUUAGAGAUCUCCUGACAUGUCGUAGAUAUGCUUGGGGAGUUGCUGCUCUUAUCUACUUAUAUGAGCAGCUAGGAGAUGCCAGCUUUGCAAAUACAAAGCAAUUAGCUGGAUAUCUACCUCUUCUACAAACUUGGAUAUACGAGCACUUCCCUACAUUGGAAAGGAAGCAAUUACGGGAUACAUAUGUGGAGACCGAACCCCGUGCCAUACCACACAGAGCUUCUCGACCACUUCUAACACAUGGCAUGUUUUCUGGCUUCCUAAGGCUUGGUACCCUCGUACACCGUCAUCUGCCGGAGCGUGUGUUGCGACAAUUUGGCUUCAUGCAGCCUAUUCCACGACCGUCAAGUUCGCUUCCCAUGAUGGACUUUGAGGCUAUUGAUGAUCGGUGGAAAAAGCACGAGCAGUAUGUUGUACAUCAAGUGGUCCAAGCACCAGCUCCUUUUUCAUGUUCAGAUGGAUAUUUGCAGUGGUUUAGGAGAGUCUCCCAUCCAUACAUUUUACGUGGAGCUGAGACCGACCGACCUAGCCUUGUGAUUGUGCCCCGACUUCGUCGAAAUUUGCCAGAUGACAUAACAGUUCAGAGGACGUCACCGUCAUCAUCUUCUAGUGGUUUAUUGGGUCUCGUGAAACGCAUUGUAAGCGGUCUCCAGCGGAUGAUAGAUUAUAGAGACGUUACUGAGGGCACAAUUGCUUGGGAUCGCACGCAUGAGUUAUUGCAGAUGGCUCGUGAUGACGUUGAAGAGGAAGAGACUAGAGGAGGACGAAGAGUUCGAGGUCGACGACCAUCUACGUCUGGAUAG